AUGUCGGUCCUUGCUGCUGCACCGUGUACGAGCCCGGCAGCGGAGAUGCCAUCCAUGAUCGAUGCGGAACGGCAGCAGCAGCGUCGUACCGCGGUGCCCGUGCGCACCCACCCCAUCACGAUCGUCGCCGCGUCAGAAUAUACCAACAGCAGCAGCGCAGAGGCCAAUACGACUUUUGCAGUGCCUCGGAGCAUGCGCGUACCGCCGUCGCGGCCGCCGAUGCUGAAGCUGACCAAGCCGAGCGCGCCGUCGUGCAAGUCGCCGCGCGUGCCGGAACAGGACCUGAGCAGCCGCUGGCUGUACGUUCCGCUGCGCACCGAGGAGAUCGGCUGGGAGGAAGGCGGGAUCUACUGGCAGAAGCGCUACUGCUACCCCGUGGUCGGCGUCUACGGCGGCGCGGACGACCGCCUCAUCGGGCGCUACCGCGGCGGGCCCAAGGGCUACGCGUUCAUGGAGCUUUGGGAGGACGUACACGCUUUGCACGCCCAGUCUGCUCAACUAGCGGAGCUGGAGCAGCAAGAAAAGAAACAGCAGCAGCAGCCUCCCCAUGCGGAGCCCAUGGCACGCUCGCCUAGCCUCAAGAUCGUCGAGCCCGAGCCUAGCAAAGUCGAUCUUCCGCAAGGUCUGGUUCUGCUCGUCGAGGACGAAAACGACAAUGAAAACGAACCCGAGAGCGAGUACGAAGGAAGCUGCAGCGACAGCGACCGGGAGCAUGGUUGCCCAACCAGCUCACCGCAGUACAUUGCGAACGGAAAUAUGGAAUGGCAGUCCAGCAGCGAUAGCGCUGGGAGCAGCAGUAGCUGUAGUAGCAGCAGUAGCAGCAGCAGCAGUAGCAGCAGUCCACCGUACCACAAUCUGCCGUCGCAAUCGUGGUCGUCUCCACUGACUAGUUAUGGACAUUCAGAAAAUGAAGAUGCAGGCGAAAGUGAGGACAACUGCGGCGGCGGCUUGUCCAUGACGUCUUGUGCUUCCUUCUCUUCUGCGCCGUCGCUAUGCUCCUCAGUGUCUUCUCAAUCGAGCGUUACCACAUCGAUACACUUCGCCCCUUCGUCUUCUCCCACCCCUUACUCGCAAGGACCGGAGGUCGAUGCGUGCGAUCAGGGAAAGAGGCGGUGCGCAGCUGGCAUCAGCGUCGCCACGCUCAUGCUCGUGCUUCAGAACGAGCAGGGUGAGGAGCAGCAGCAGCGCGGACGGCGGCUCAAUCGCAAGCCACUCAUUCAUGGGUCCCAUUUGGAACGAUGCCGACAAGCACAUCUUCGCGGCUCGCCCUCUUCCGCCGACGACAUCGACAUCGACUAUCGAAAUGAAGGCAAAGUCCACAGCCCAGAAGCAGAAGCAGACGCAGACGCAGACGUAGAGAGCGAUUGCGACGUGGCCCGCGGCGUACACCACACGACGGGCUUCAGGUACAGUACCGCCGCCGCCACCACGUGGAGGAAGCAGAACGCGCCGCGUGGUGCUGGUCGUCAUCAAGCGUCAUACACGCCCGAAUGCGGCAGACGGGACGCGGAGAUGCAAGUACAGCCACAAAAUCAUCUGAUAUCCUUGCUACAGCGCCGUGUGCCGUCUAGCUAG